AAAAACAUGCCGCGAGGACCCACAAAGUUCGAUGAAGCCAUGGCUCACGGGGGGAAAAUCUCUUACCACCAGAAAUCCCCAACUCAAUCCGGCGUCAGUGUGUAUGUAACUCUUCCGGACGGAACCCUCAAAAACUUUUCCAAUGUCCAUCCCGAGCGCGUUGAAGCGUAUAUUGACAAAGCUCGGCAUCAAGAGAGAGAAGGGUCGCCUCCAAAUAAGGACACAGAAACAGAUCAGCAGUGGAAGACGGAGCAGUGGAUGUUUAGGAAGAAAGAGCAUCCAGACUAUGCGACCAAAGAUGUCAGUGGGUAACCAUUUUAGCGACUUUUGCAAUCUGCUGUGUAUGUGAGGGGGGGACAUGCUGCAUCUAUUGACAGCUAGGAUAUGAUGCAGUGACUACUGAUGACGCUUGCUCAUUGCGACGAUGCCAAUCUUCAUAUAAUCUUGACUGAGUCCGCAGAUUAACACUCUCGUCAUUUUUGCGUCUCUACUUCUUCGGGGCGAUUUCAAUGUAGCAAGAUACUCUAUAAUCGUAAGGAUGGCCCGUUUGAUUAGUUAUGACAGCAGGGAGCAUUGGCGAUGCCGCUCAUACUAUGCUAGUUGACCAUCUGCGAUGUAAGAAGUAACAUUUUGCAAGAAAAGAAGGAUCCUGGAACUGCGCGCAAUCGGCCCGCGCUUCUACGUGCAAUCCUCGAACUACCCGCGGCGUGUGGGGUUAACC